AGAAGUGCUGGUCUCCUGACAAGCUCACUGUUUGAAUGGUCUGAGGGAUGAGGUUGCUGCAGCAAAAAGUGAGCUACAUUAGGAUACAGCUUGGCUGCUGGGGAUGGAAGACCAAUAAUUCAAGAAAACAGAGCACAGGGAGGGUGGGACAUACAAAUGCUGUUUGAAGGCUCAUGUGGAUACUCCGGAGGCGGGUGGGAUACUGCGAAGAGCCAUGGGGGUGUUGAUGUCCAAGCGGCAAACAGUGGAGCAGGUGCAGAAGGUGAGCCUGGCUGUGUCUGCCUUCAAGGAUGGGCUACGGGACAGGCCUUCCCUCCGACGCACGGGUGAGCCAGCAGGGUCUCGCCGUGGCACUGUAGAGGGCUCUGUCCAGGAGGUACAGGAGGAGAAGGAAGCAGAGGCAGACACCCCAGUGCUCCAGGAAGAGAGCAGAGUCAACCGUGCAGCUUGGGAGCGGCUCCGAGAUGGGCGUGGAGUGGAGCCUGAGGAGUUUGACAGGACCAAUCGUUUCACACCCCCUGCCUUCAUACGCCCCACCCGGAAGUUGGAUGAUGACAAGCCUCCAGAUAUCUGCCUGGAUCCCAGAGAGCCUGUUGUCAACGAUGAGAUGUGUGAUGUCUGUGAGGUCUGGACAGCUGAGAGCCUCUUCCCAUGCAGGGUCUGCACCAGGGUUUUCCAUGAUGGUUGCCUGCGCCGCAUGGGCUACAUCCAGGGAGACAGUCCAGCAGAAGUGACUGAGAUGGCCCACACAGAAACAGGCUGGAGCUGUCACUACUGUGACAACCUCAACUUGCUGCUUACUGAGGAGGAAAUGUACAGCCUCAUGGAGACCUUUCAGCAGUGUAAAGUCAUCCCUGAUUGCUCCCUGACACUGGAGGACUUCCUGCGCUACCGCCACCAAGCAGCGAAGCGGGGGGACAGUGACAGGGCCCUGAAUGAGGAACAAGAGGAGCAGGCAGCCCGCCAGUUUGCAGCCCUGGACCCUGAACAUCGAGGCCACAUAAAGUGGCCUGACUUCUUGUCCCAUGAAUCCCUCCUACUUCUGCAGCAGUUGCGUCCCCAGAACUCUCUAUUGAGGCUUCUAACAGUCAAGGAGCGAGAACGAGCCCGAGCCACCUUCUUGGCACGCGGCAACGGGAACACCAUCAGUGAGGCAGAGUGCCGCCGUGCCCGGAACUCUUGGUUCUGCAAACAUCUCUCAGAGGCGCCUUCCUGCAGUGUCAGCAUUAGCCAUGUGGGUCCCAUAGCAGACAGCAGCCCAGCCAGCAGCAGCAGCAGCAAGAGCCAGGACAAGACCCUGCUGCCCACAGAGCAGGAGUCCAGAUUUGUGGAUUGGCCCACCUUCCUGCAGGAGAAUGUCAUCUACAUCUUGGCCGCUCGCCCCAACAGUGCAGCCAUUCAUCUGAAACCCCCAGGAUAGCAUGGAACAGAGAAGUUCAGCUCUGGGACAGUGGCAUUCUCUUGGUCCUUUCCUUUCUCCCUUUCCCCCACCAAACCCUGGCACUGA